AUGGAAGCUGUCAGUGACUUGGCCGCCACUUCUGAGGAGCCAAGAUCCAAAGAUUACAAAUUACCAUCCUUCCUGGACUGGAAUGAGGAUCUGCGAAGAAGACAUUUUCUUCCUUCGCAAGAGCAGCUUCGCUCAAUCCUCGAACUCUCUCUGUCUUAUAGCAGGGUACUUGAUGAGAAUAUGCAUCUUGCUCGACACCUUGGACUUCCCCUCAUGAGCAACACUAUUGCCAAGACCAUAGAUUCGCUCUUCAAAAGCCCACGACCGCAAUUAAUCGAAGUCGACAGCGCAUGCAAAGACAACAUAACUUGGUCUGAGGUCGCUGAUGCCAAUUACAACCCCGUGCCCCAAGAGGAUGGGACCUAUCAUCUCUGGAUCUCUAGCCGACGGGCUACGGUUGGAUUAUCCCAGUUCGAUCACAAUAUUCUCCUACCCGGCAUCAUCCAGCAGCUUAUCCAUCCCUUGUCGUACGAACCUGAUGUGCAGAUGGAAAGGGACACGCUUUCUCUCGCAUCUUCGGAAAUUAAUUCAUGGAACCAGAUCGCCUUGGAAUUGGUGGAAACAAACAAAAACUUACUAGAGAAAUUGAAGGAAAAGGCGAACUCACUUUCUAACAACGGCAAAGCAUGGAACCCUUGUCACAAAAUUCUUGUUCCUAAAUGGUUUGAGGCUCGAAAACAUCUUUUAAAGAAACAAAUCGAGCUUGAAUUUGAACGAGAUUUUGGUCACCGACGGAAACAUAGCAGUAUUUACGCUAUUUGGUAUCAAAACAAGGGCAAGGAAAAGAACAAGCGAAAGAAGGCCCUUCGACUCCAAGGAAAACCUUCACUUCCUCAUGAUAUCUCACACGACCAAACGACGAAUACCUCUGACUGCAAUGAGAGCUCAUUGAGCUCUUUUUCUAACCAGGAAAGUCUACUGGCUGUGGCCUUUCCGCCGAACGACACUUAUCCGACCCCUGAGAGCGCUACAGAGGUUCUGCCGAUGCAAACAGAGCCCCAAUCAAAGCGACCUGGAAAUGCUUCUCACGCUGAUGUUCAGUAUGAUAUGUCAGCGAACGCCGCUGAAGAUGAUACACUUGAUGGUGUCCCAGGAAUAGAACCUACUCAUUCGGACAUGUCCGCAAAAAUAGCUCCAACAAACGAUGUUGAAGAAUCACGAACGCCUUGUAUCUCGCUCGAUACGGAAAGUGUUUUGGGCUCCAAGGUACCAGACACAGCAGACAGGCUUUCUCGGCGGAAGCAGCAACCGGUACGAUCUGCUCAAGCAACAAGGCCUAGCAAAUCUUCCCCAUUAAGCCAACCCCAAUGGACUACGCCCAGGGCUCAAAUCGGAUCCUCCGCUAUUGGGGAUAUGCAAAGCAUUGAUCCAAGCGAGGCUGGGGACCCAAACUAUUCUCCUUGUUUUCUUGGGAGGAUCCUCAACUAG